CCACGGAGCACUUCCGCGACGUCACUAAUGACACGUAUUCAAAAUGGCGGCCGCGGCGAUGGAGACGUGGUGGGCCUUGCUGCUGUUGUCCUUGUUGCCUGUCGUCCGGCCCUUCUACGUUCCCGGAGUCGCUCCCCGGGACUUCCACGAGGGCGACACAGUAGAUCUUAAGGCAGUGAAGCUGACCAGCUCUCGCACACAACUUCCUUAUGAAUACUACUCGCUGCCUUUCUGUAAGCCAGACUCCGUAGUCUACAAGGGAGAGAACCUGGGUGAGGUGUUACGUGGGGACCGUAUUGUGAACACCCUCUACAAUGUCGAGAUGAACAAGGAUAGGAAAUGUGAGAUGGUAUGCAACAAGAAAAAGCUCAGCGUAGAAGAGAGCAAGCUGGUGGCUGAGCGAGUCCAGGAGGAGUAUUAUGUGCACCUUAUUGCAGAUAACCUGCCCGUUGCCACCAGGUUAGAGUUUUACCCCAACAGAGAGGCAGCAGGGGAGGAGGAGCAGAAGAAAGACGUGGCGAGAGACAUCCAGUUUGAACACGGCUACAGGCUGGGCUUUGUCGACAACAACAAGUUUUAUCUGCACAACCACCUGUCCUUCAUCCUGUACUUCCACAGGGAGAAGCUGGAGCAAGGGGAGGUCCACAACUACCGGGUCGUGAGAUUUGAGGUUAUACCCCAAAGUGUGAAAGUAGAUGAUCUGAAGGCAGUGGAAAAGGACAGGACUUGCACCUUGCCUGAGGCCAGUGGCUCCGCCCCACAAGAGAUCGACCCGACCAAGGAGAACGAGGUCCUCUUCACCUACUCUGUCCACUGGGAGGAGAGCGAGGUGAAGUGGGCGUCUCGAUGGGACACUUACCUGACCAUGAGCGAUGUCCAAAUUCACUGGUUCUCCAUUGUCAACUCCGUGGUGGUCGUCUUCUUCCUGUCUGGUAUUCUAAGUAUGAUCAUUAUCCGGACCUUGAGAAAGGACAUCGCUAACUACAACAGAGAGGAUGACAUCGAGGACACCAUGGAGGAGUCGGGAUGGAAGAAUGUCCACGGCGACGUCUUCAGGCCGCCUCAGUAUCCCAUGAUCCUUAGCUCUCUGCUGGGCUCUGGGAUCCAGCUCUUUUGCAUGAUCCUCAUUGUCAUCUUUGUUGCCAUGUUGGGCAUGCUGUCUCCAUCCAGUAGAGGAGCCUUGAUGACCACUGCUUGCUUUCUCUUCAUGUUCAUGGGUGUGUUCGGGGGCUACUUUGCUGGCAGACUGUACCGUACACUGAAGGGCCAUCGGUGGAGGAAAGGAGCGUUUUGUACAGCAACUUUGUAUCCUGCCGUGGUGUUUGGAAUCUGCUUCAUCCUCAACUGUUUCAUCUGGGGAGAACACUCCUCUGGGGCCGUCCCCUUCACCACAAUGCUGGCCCUGCUCUGUAUGUGGUUCGGCAUCGCCAUGCCCCUGGUCUACCUGGGUUACUACUUUGGCUUCCGCAAACAGCCGUACGAUAACCCCGUGCGCACCAACCAGAUCCCCAGGCAGGUCCCGGAGCAGCGCUGGUACAUGAACAAGUUUGUGGGGAUCCUGAUGGCCGGGAUCCUGCCAUUUGGUGCCAUGUUCAUCGAGCUCUUCUUCAUUUUCAGUGCCAUCUGGGAGAACCAGUUCUAUUACCUCUUUGGCUUCCUGUUUCUGGUCUUCAUCAUCUUGGUGGUGUCCUGCUCUCAGAUCAGCAUCGUCAUGGUUUAUUUCCAGCUCUGUGCAGAGGACUACCGGUGGUGGUGGAGGACUUUCCUGGUGUCUGGAGGCUCAGCGUUCUACGUCCUAAUCUACGCCGUCUUCUACUUCAUCAACAAGCUGGACAUCGUGGAGUUCAUCCCCUCCCUCUUGUACUUCGGCUACACGACCCUGAUGGUGCUGUCGUUCUGGCUGCUAACGGGCACGAUCGGCUUCUACGCGGCCUACAUGUUCAUCAGGAAAAUCUAUGCUGCAGUCAAGAUAGACUGAGUCCUCACUGUCGCUGCUGUGUUCGUUUUCUUUUUCCCUUUUUUUUUUUUUCUCUCGUCACAUUCUGGUUUUUGUUUUUUUAUUGUAUAUAUUUUUUUAUUCUUCAUGUCCAACAAGCACUGACUUGUGUGAAGAGGAAUUGUUGGGGGGUGCUUUUUACGGCGCAACAGCCCCACCCACUGGCCUCGUGGGGAAGAGCAGCAAGGUGGCAGAGCUAAACCAGCUGUCUCUCUCCCUCCCUCCCUCCCUCCCUCUCCCUCUCUCUCUCCCCCCCUCCCUCCUCCUUCCAGGACAGAGACUCCGAGGGAACUGUCCUCUGAUUGGGACGGUUAUUAUCUCCUGCUGUUUCACCUCGCACACAACACAGUGGGCCAAAGCCUGUCAGACGAUGGUUUCUGCACAUUUCUGUUUUGUCUUUUCAUUCGUGUUAUGAGUCUAACUUAUCCGGGGGGGGG